AUGGUUAAAGGAGACUAUAGGCACAUUGUUGGGAAUUUUGAGUGUGCCCCGGGAACUUUUGAUAGUUGGACAACUAUUUCGAAACUAAAUGUUCUCCAAAAAUGGAAGACCUUUGUUUGGAGAGCUCUUAAUGAUAUUUUGCCCACCACUUUGAGUUUGAUUAUAAAGAGGGUAGACAUUGAUCCCGCAUGUCCCAAAUGUGGUAUUGAACAUGAAGAUAUUAUGCAUGCAUUUUUAUUAUGUGAUUUUGCUAGGUUGGUUUGGCAUGAGGCUGCCGUGACUUUUUUGUCCGUAGCUGCUGCAUCUUUUUUUGAUUGGAUGCAAAAUGUUUUACACUCUCAACCUAAGGAGUUUGCGGAAAUUGUUGUGGCAGUUCUAUAUUACUUGUGGAAAGCACGAAACCAAGCUGAUUGGGAGAGAUCUCUACCGCCGCCGAGCACCGUUUGGAGGCUAGCCUCUUCGGCUUUGACCGGGUGGCAGCAGGUACACCGGCAUACUCAACACCAGGCAGUGGACGCUUCCUUGCAGCCUUCCUUGCACUCCAGGUGCUACGUCGAUGCAAGCUACGACCAUGCCACCGGGUGGCGUCUUUUGGGGCUGUGCUUCUUGCAUUGA